UCCUCUAAGCUAACUCUGGCUCUGCGAGCCUCCGACUCCAAAAGAGGGCCGAUCCAGGUUGUGCACUAUAUACUCUGCGCAAGUAGAAGUCUCCAUGAACCUCUGGGUGAUAUUCACGGAGCAGGCACUUUUAGACGUAACAAAAUACGCGUACAACGACGUUUAAAUCCGGGAAUGCUUGCGGUACCAAUGCAUGAUGCACUUGAAGCGUGUAGCUAUAGCCCUGCCGCAAGUUCUUUCUAUGACGCAUUCCUCCUCCUCAUUCUGCCCUCAAGAUUCAGCAACGCAGCCAUCCUGGAGCAGGUCGCGUGGCGCUUCAUCGAGGACUACUCGUACGCCAACUCGUACGCCGCCGCUGUGGCCACGUUUGGCAACAAAGAAGCCGUGGCUCGCUUCAGGCCCCGCAACUGCUACUCGUUCACCGAGAGCCGCUUCCAGAUGUCGCUUUUCAUGGGGAGAGUCGGUGAACUGCGCCAGUCGCCCUUCCUGAGCACCGUCAAAACCAUCUUCGAAGACUUGCGCUACACCACCCAGCGGCUGCUCUCCGACGCGGCGCCUUGGAUAGAUCCGGCCGCCCGAAUCGAGGCGGUGGCCAUAUUGCAGCGGCUGCAUCUGGAGCCGUUCUGGUCGCUGUUCGAUGCCGAGGGAUUCAAACCGAUGCUGGCUCCCAGCGCCAUCCGAAAGUACCUGGACGCCUUCCCGACACAAUUUUCAUCGCCAUUGAAAGGCUGGAUGCAGGCUGCCGACCUGCACCGUCGCGCGUUCCCCGGCUGGCCCCUCAACGACUCGCUGCUUCACCGUCACGGCGAGUACUCGUUCCCGGUGCAGUACGACUACUGGUGGAACUCGGUGUAUCUGCACCUGGCCGUGGCGGCGCCGCCCAUGCUCUACACGGACGCGCCCGCUUCGGUCAACUACGCGGGCUUUGGCACGGCCGUCGCCAGGCAGCUGGUCAGGGGCUUCGACGCGCUGAAGGGCUCGUUCCUGGACUCCAACAGAACCGUGAGGAGCUGGAUGUCGAGAGCCACGCGCGAAGAGCUGCAGGAGAAGAUCUCGUGCGCCGGCGGCAGACCCGACGUGCUCAUGCACGUGGCCGCCGCCCAGGUCGCGUACCGGGCCUUUCGACAACACCGAGCGGCCGAGCCAAGACGCUACGCCGUGAGCAAGGACAUCUCGUUGACGCCGGACAUGCUCUUCUUCGUGACUCUGUGCCGCAGCCUGUGCGGCCGCGGUGAACUGUGUCCCAAGGUGCUCAGCAAUAUGGCUGCGUUUAGCCACGCGUUCUCCUGCAAACCCGAUGCGCCCAUGAACCGCGCCGACAAGUGCCCCUUCUUUGAGCAGGCGUGA